AUGCCGCUCUCGACCGCCGCCUCGCUCGACCAGCACGUGCGCGAGGCGACCGUCAACCCGUACCGCCAAGUUCCUCGCGCCAUCUUGCUCGCGGCGACGAGCGACGACCCGGCGCUGUACAAGGGCCACGCCGGCUGGGCUCGCCUCCCCACGAACGAGGUCAGCCCGUCGGACCUCGCGCACCAGGGCUCGCCGAUCGAGGAGGACUCGCGGUUCGAGCUGUUCAGCUGUACUAAGCUUUGCGGGACCAUCGCGUGCCUCCAGCUCGUCGAGCAGGGCAAGGUCGACCUGGACGGCGAGGCGAGACUGUACGUGCCCGAGAUUGCCGACCUCAAGGUGCUCAAGGGCUUUGACGACGCCGGCGAGCCCGAGUUCGAGGAGCAGGAGCGACCCGUCACGGUGCAGCAGCUGCUCACGCACACGUCCGGGUUCAUCUACAGCACCUCGCACGAGUUGGGCCCGCAGCUCGAGAAGCACCUCGGCCACGCUGUGGCGCCGUACGGCAAGGACGCGACUCGAGACUGCCUGUACAAGGUCCCGCUCUUCCAUCAGCCAGGGUCGUCCUUCCACUACGGCACGAGCAUCGACUGGCUCACGCGCAUCGUCGAGGAGGUGAGCGGGCUCGACCUCGCCUCGUACUUGCAGAAGCACAUCUUCGACCCUCUCGACAUCCACGACCUCUCGUUCGACGACGACGACGCCCAGAUCGACCUCGCCGACGCCCCGACCUCGUCCCCGACCGCUCCCUCCGUCCCCGGCGACGCGCCCGCGCCCGACGCCGCCCCGUACACCUUCCGCCGUCCGACGCCCUACUCAGCGACUCUCCGCUACGGUGGCAGCGGCCUCAAGGGCUCGGCGCCGUCGUACCUGCGCAUCCUGCGCGCCCUCCUGCGCGGCGGCGAGCUCGACGGCGCGCGCAUCCUCAAGCGCGAGACGGUCGACCUCAUGUUCACGCCCCAGUUGACGGCGCCGCAGCGCGAGACGUACCAGAGGGACCAGUUUGCGGGCGGCGAGCCGUUCUCGCGCAAGGCGGGCAAGGCGCUCGAGGAUGCCGAUUGGGGCUUGUGCGGCGCGCUCACGGGGACGGGGCUCGCGUCGGGCAGGAGUGCGAGGUCGUUGCACUGGAGCGGCAUGGCGAACACCUUCUGGGUCAUAGAUCGCGAGAAGGACCUCGCGUUCGUCUACUUCUCGAACCUGUUGCCCUACGGCCACCAGCCGGUCUUCGAUUUGUGGGAGAAGCUCGAGACGGAUCUCUACAAAGGCCUCGCCGACGGGCACGCGUAGACACGGAUAGAUACAUUGCACUGCAUCUACAGCUCGUCUCCCUCCUCGGUGUAUCGAGAGGGCGACGCGAGAGACGCCUCCUUGCUCGAAUGAACGCGAGGUCGUCUCUGCUCGUCGAGCGAGUCGAGCGUCUCUGCUCGUCGAGCGAGUCGAGCGGGUCGGGCGCAGUUGCGGUUGCGAGGGUGCGGAUCUCGCCGUGGGAAUCGCGUACGCAGCAGACGGGGUCGCUCGAGGCGCCGAUGUCGGGCUGAGAGACGAGAGAGGACGCUCGAGGAGUGAGAGGGCGUCGAGGCGAGGUGCGUCGGGG